CGCGCCGCUGCCUCCGAACGUGCCGGCAUUAACUGUCGUGCGCUCUGAGCUCUCACAACGCGCGCCUUUCAUACCUCCCGCAGAUGAAACUCGCGAGUGUUCAGUGAUUAGUGAAUCAGGAUGCUAUAAAAAUGGGUGGACAACACGUGUUAUUGUUUGUUAUGCUCGUAUGCUCCGUGGCAGCCGAAAGGAAGCCGACCAUUUCUGAGAAACUAAGCGAAGACGCAGAUCUGUCGCAGUUCCUGGCACUACUGGAGCGGAAUGUGGUAGCGAACAUGAGCCUGCAGUAUCGGCAGAUGACGCUAUUUGCCCCCACCAAUGCAGCCUUCCAAAAGUACUACGGAGAAAAGGAUGAUUCUUUAGUUCUCUAUCACAUAUCAAACUUGGCGACGACGCUGACGAAUUUGGAUUAUUCGAUAUCCUCUGAGCUGGAUGGCAACCCUCCGCUGUUUGUGACGAGACGGCGGGACACACAGCAUGAUGAUAUUUACGUCAAUAACGCAAAAGUCGACGUCUCGAGAUCAUAUCAAGCCACGAAUAGGAACGGCAAACGACAGGUCCUCCACGUGAUCGACCAAGUGCUGCAACCUCUGCUCCCUCAUGGGCCGAGCUCCAUCGGCUCUCCUGUUUACAAUCCUAACGCAUAUCAGUUUCUGGAACAUUCUGACGUAUUCGAUAUUGGCCAACAUCGUCUCAGGUCAUUCCGGCAGAAGGUUAACCAACUACAAAAGAAAGAUGUGUUCAAUGCUGAUGGACGCCAUACCUUUUUCAUUCCUGUCGAUGAGGGUUUUAAGCCAACGACCCGCUCGGACCUCAUAGACGGCAAAGUGGUUGACGGGCACGUGAUCCCGCAACAAGUGCUCUUCACGCACGCGACCCCCGACGGCAAGGAGUUCGAGAGCCUCGCGUUCGGCGACAAUGUCAAAGUGAUCAUAUCCUUCACUACAUCCAUGAACGGCAAGGAGGAGCUCACGUAUGUGAAGUCGAACACGGUAGCUGGCGACACGAAGCACAGCCGCGGGGUUGUGAUGGCGGACAUAGUGCGAGCCAACAUUCCAGUCAAGAACGGAGUGGUGCAUCUCAUUCAGCGGCCUUUGAUGGUCGUGGACACUACGGUCGUUGAUUUCUUAAAGGCUAUGAAGUCUGCAUGUGACUCUGAGGAGCAAAAUGAAACUUUGGGCAUUGAAAAAGAAGACGGACCGCUGUGUAAAUUUUACGAAGUCAUCAUGGACCUGGGGCCAAACAACCAGUUCCUGAACGAGUUGAACUUGGCCAAGGAUAUCACGCUUUUCGCUCCAUCUAAUGAAGCUUGGAAUGAGAACAGCGUACAAAAUAUACUCAGAAACCACCAAAAGCUUCGAGAAAUUUUAAGCUUGCAUUUGGUUCGCGAGCGAUUACCAAUGGACGUCAUAAUCCAUAACAACAUGAAUCAGAUCUACCAAGCGCCAACCGCGCUGCCGCGCAAGUACCUAUACUUCAACGUGGUGGAGUCGCGCAGCAACCAGACGCUGACGGUGGAGGGCGGCGGCGUGAACGCGACCGUCACGCAGCCGAACGUCGCCGCGACCAACGGGUUCGUGCACAUCAUCGACCGCGUGCUCGGCGUGCCCUACACCACCGUCUUCGAUAAGAUGAAGACGGAUCCGAUGCUCAAUAUAACUUACAACCUUGGCAAGCGGCAGAUGUUCAACCACCAGCUGAACGACUUGGAGCAUCGUUACACAUACUUCGUGCCACGGGAUCACGCUUGGCUCAAAUUCCAAAUUAAACACCCAUCAGCGUACAAUGCACUGUUUAAAGAAGAUUUCGGUUACUACACGCAGCAGAUCCUGGAGCGGCAUUUGAUCCGCGCGGGGCGCGCCUACACGGUGUCGGACAUGAAGCUGCUCGCCAACGAGACGCACCCGCUCGUGCUGCCGACCGCGCGCGACCCGCUGCGCCUGCGCGUCAAGGAGUCCGACAAGAAUUACUACGUGGAAUGGAACGGGCGUUGGAUCCACGUGUUCCGACCGGACGUGGAGUGCACGAACGGCAUCAUCCACGUCAUCGACGAGCCGUUCGUGCUCGAGAGCGACAUCCGCGCGACCGGCGCCGCGCGCGCUCUCGCUCACUCCGUUGCCGUUCUGGCUCUCUCCUUCCUUUUCGUUAGGAUCGCAGAAAAUUGAAUGUCGAAGUCGCUUGUGAACGCAACGACGAAAUGUGUAAUUUUGUGUUCCUUGUGAUUUUAAACGGUGUGAUUGGUGCCAUUCGUUUGUCUGUUUAUAUCCAGGUUAAAAUUUGCACACAAACGAAUCGUACCUUUACAGCUUGAAGCGUUGCAGCCACUUUUUUAUUUAUGACUACCUACGAGCGAAGUUCCAGCGCUCGCUUGUUACGUUCAUAGUUCGUACUGAUUAAAAAUUUAAUUUUUACUGUGGCUAUGUUGAUGUCAAUUUUGUAACGGCAAGGAUAUUAAAAUUAUGUUUAAAAUUCAGAAACAAGCUUAAUUAUUAUUGAUUCUGUAAGUCCCAACGGCAGAUAUACCAAUCAACGGGAGAACGCAAUAAUCUUUAUAGUUUGAAUUAAAAUAAUAUGUACCAACAUUUAAUAAAUUUUAUGCACUUCUUUAUUUGAUCGAUAAAUCUGCUGUUUUGUGGAAUGUACUAUGUAUAUAGGUCCGGUUACGAAUUGUUUGUGAACUUAUUUAACUUCUUCAUCUUUUCCAAACUCAUUCUCUUUAAUAUAGAGAUUAUGGAAUUGAUUUCACUUUUGUAGAUUACAAUUAAACUUUUAUUAUAAAUUGAUCACUGUAUCUGUGUUUACAAUGACUGCUGCUCACCUCUUACGUCAAUUUAUUUGUAAUAAAAAAAGACACGUUUUAUUUAGAAUCAUCAAAAAUCAACCUUACAUAUGUGCUUUCAAUUUGCUAUGAAUAUGGACCAUUUUUGCGACUCCUUACACGAUGUUGUCCUUACAUUUUACAAUGUUGACAUAGUGAAUCAGUUAACUAUAGAUAUCGAAUUUAUCAAGUAUCAUGUAUUUGUGUGCAAAAUAACAGUUAAUAAUAAUAGUAAUAUGACUGGUAAAUAGUUAUUCGCCUAGAUUAAAUAUCAUAUUAUUAUAUUUAUCAUGAACUCAUUAACCAAAUAAUCGAAAUAAGUCACUAAGAGCCGAUUUUGCAAUCAUUGGUUAAAACUUAUGCCUCCAAUAAACACAACAAUAAAAAAUAUCCCCUUUAAUAUUUCAGGAAGGUAAAUUUUUUAAACGGUUGGUUAUACGAUAUUCGACGUAUAAAUUUUUGCCCGGGAUUGAAAAACCGACACUUAAAGUACCCAAUAUCAGAAAAAUACUCCAUAAAAUAUACGUAAAAUAAGUUACCACUGCCAAGUUUUAAUUGAUUGGUACAUUUAUCUAACGUAAUUCUUCUAACAAAGGUUGAAAAAAACUUUGUUCAUUCUCAGUGGAUAUAUUAGGUACAAGUCAUGGCGCCUAUUUCCGAGCCAAGGGCCACGAAAGCAAUUUCUCUAGUUUGGACAUAGGUCGCUGAAAAUGCCAAGUCAUGACCUCCCUAAUUUCACCUUUCCAUCCAUUCACCGUCAGUUUCUUUUAAAGAAUACUAUUUAGUUAUGCUUAUUCUUAUCAGAGUGUUGGUCCAAUUAUAAAAAUGACAUUUUUAUUAAUAAAAAUGUAUCUAAUGUAUAAGUUUAGUCAAAUUUAAUAUAUUUAUUUACGUAAAUAUAUAUUUCUCUUCUUAUACGUUUCGCGGUGUGCCUUUGGAACAAGGAAAUCAUUUUAAAAAAUAUUUCACAACAUAGGUAUUUAUUUAGAUUUCAUUAAAAAUGUGUUUUGUCUUAGACAUAUUACAUUCCAAAUUAUUUAUCUUGUAUUGUCUUACAGAUAUAUUAUAUUUAUUAAUCUGCAAAAAUAUUCCAUCUUAGGUAACUACUAUAGUACUAUUUAGUUUAAGCGUUUAUAGCAUUAUGAUAAGUCAUACAAUAUUUCUCGACCUUAAAUUAUUUUAAUGUAUAUACGUAUGGAUGUGCUUAUAAAAUGUGGUGCAUUUGAAACUGACAUACAAUUAAUUAUCAUUAAGUGUACAUAAUUUGUGUAAGUUAUAUUUAUAGUUUAAAUUAAUAAUUUAGAACCUACCGUAUGUACAUCACAUCUGAAUUUCCUAUCAUUUUUAAACGUUUUUAAGAAAUUUUUGAAGAAAACUAUCUAUUUAUCUGCGUAUUAUUCUAUCGACAGUGUUACGAGCCAUAUUUUGCAAUAUGUACCUACCAUGUUUAUAUAACAAUACAAACUAGGAUGUUUUUAAAGCGAAUUUGUAUAAUAAAUGGCAUCGAUACAUUAAAUACUUAUCUGAUAUGUGUCAUGUUUAAUAACCGUUAUUGAAAUGUAUCUUGUUUAUCUAUGAAAUUGGAUGGACAUGAAUAAAUAAAAUUUAAAUGAGACGAAAUUAAUAGAUUAUAAGGUGUUUUCAUAGUAUCGAACAAUGUGUUAGUAGCUAUGCUUAUCCUUUAAUAUUUAUACAACU